AUCUACCUCGCAUCGUCCACGUCCUCGACGAUCGUACUCUGACAUCCUGCCCAUCAGCCUCCCGCGAAGUCCAGGCAGGCCAGCCUCGCGCGCACAAGCCAAGUCGACGUCGGCGCACGGCCCGGACACUCCGAGGCCCUCGGGCGCACUUCGCGUCCACUCAGACCCGGCGUGUGCACCCUCUCGCCGCUCUCGCCCAGAACCGUCGGCGGCGAUCGCAGUGAACACCGACCGCCCCGCUCGAGAAGCAGGUGGACCACCGUGGACCUACAGCAUCGCCCCCCGCCGAUCUAAGCUGUCGGGCACCGACACACCGCGCCCCCUGUGGCACCAGAUCCCCUGGGCGCCGCGCUCCAGGCGCGUCCGCAAGCGUACGCGUACGUAUUUUCAAUAACAUCGAGAGGCGUGAGGCAUCCGCGACGGCGGGGAUGCCGGCCAACGCCCAGAGAGACGGCGCUCCCGAGCUGGGAGAGAAAUCGGACGAGGAGUCCGCUGCGCCCGGCGCCUCGGGCGCUGGUCAGGGGAAGACGCAGAGGAGCGCGAAAGCAUGCGACAGGUGUCGUAAAUCCAAGAGCAAGUGCGAGCCAUCACCGACCGACGGUGAGCCGUGCAAAUCAUGCGCGGCUAUCGGCGCAGAAUGCGCCUACACGGCACCUAGCUUUCGCAGGGGUCCGCCGAAGGGCUAUAUCCAGGCACUGGAACACCGAUUGCACCAAGUCGAGAGCGUACUCGCAGCGAUAAUGACGUCUACAGAUACUCGCUCACGUUCGAUCGUGGAUGAGCUUGGCAAGGACGAACUCGCCUCGCAUAUCAUCGACACCGUCGACGCCGGUCCAUUCGGCAGGACGGGCCGCGAGAAGCGCGCAUUCGACACCACCAAGGACAACUUCUUCUCGUCCAUAGUCGCGGAGAAGCCGAAGGCUCAAAGCCACCGCUCCCGACGGGAGUCCCGCGCAACACGUGAGCACGUCAUCGAGAACGUCAUUGCUCGAGACCCGAUGAUCCAAACUACACGGCCGACAUUGCUGUGGCAAGACCGUUUGUCCGAACGGUUAGGGCGCUCAUUUGGUAGUGGCUCAUUCAGCCCUCAGCCCGUGCCCUCACCCCCAUCGAUCACGGAGAGUUCGAGUCGCGAAGAUCCUUACACGUCGGAGCCUCCGAGGACGAAGAGACGGAUCGAGGAGCGUCCGGCGAGGUCCGUGCACAUGUCGGCACCGUAUGUUGGCGGGAGCAGGAUGCCAUCACAAGAAGCGCCGGAAGGUGACGAGGACUUGUUCGACUGCGCGGAUGCGUUUGGGAACCUGUCCAUCAACGAGAACCGGGAGGUUCGAUACCACGGCAACGCCAGUGGAUUGCAGUUACUGGCGCAGUCAGAACGCACCGAUGGGAGGAACAUCCAGGGUAUCUGGAACUUCCCUAUGGCCAGAUUCUGGCCAGGACCUCCGAACGACGGGCGACAGUUCAUAGACGAGUCGAUCAUAUCCAUCGAGAACAAGAUACGCAUGCCAGCCGUGCACAUCCAAGACCGGCUUGUCCAAGUCUACUUCACGUACAUAAACCCCGCCGUGCCUGUCGUUGACGAGGAGUCGUUCAUGGCGCAAUACCAGGCAAUGAAGCUCGGCUACUCCGAGGAUUCAAAUCAGCCUCCUGGUCCACCAUCGAGUGAAGUGCGGCCCGAGCGUCCACAGAAGAUAUCUAAGCUUCUCCUUUUCGCCAUGUUCGCGUACGCGGCGAGCCACCUUGACCCUCUUAACAUCCACGAUGCCGCGGUCGACGCGGCACGUGCGGGGGACUAUGCGACUGUUGCGCGGAGGAUCCUGGACACUAUGUACCACGAGAGCCGGUCGUCGACCGUGCAAGCGCUUAUAUUGCUCGGGAUAAGAGAGUUUGGCAUCGGAAGUCUAGAGGAAGGGUGGUUGCACAUUGGUAUGGCCGUGCGCAUGGCGCUAGACCUUGGGUUGAACCGCAAUCCGGACAAGUGGACCCACAGCGGACGGGAGCUCUUCAGCCCGAAAGAGAAGGAGAUCCGGAAGCGGAUUUGGUGGGCAUGCUGCCUCGCGGACAAGUUCUCGGCGCUGUUCCUCGGGCGGACGAUCUCUAUACACGAAGGCGACUUCUCCACGCCAUUAUUGGAUAUCCCUCCGGAUGAUAUGGAUCACAUGUGGCAGCCUUGUCCCCCAGACCCACGAUACGGCACAAUCGCUCCCGUGCCUGCCGUACACUUUGGGUACUUGCGGCAUAUAUCUGCUCUUUACGUCAUCACUGGAGAGGUCCUCGCGAAGGUAUACCGCGUCUCGCGCGCGCACACUGUACCUCCUCGCGCAAUUCGCCAGGAGCUAUACAGUAGGUUGCUACAGUGGGCACUCGAACUACCAGAGCACCUUCAAUACAACCCCACUGCGAGCUCCCGGCCGUGCCCUGCGCCGCAUGUGCUGAUCAUGCACGUCCAGUACUGGGCAACUGUACUACUUUUGCACCGACCAUUUAUUCCGAAGGGCACAGAGUUGGCGAGAGCUGGUUCCCCAUCACUAGAGAACGACCCCAUCCCAUGGGAGUCGUAUGACAUCUGUCAGGGCGCGGCCAGUCAGCUGGCAUCUUUCGCGAUGCUCUACCACGAGAAGUACGACAUGCGAUGGGCGCCACCGUUCGCCGCCAACUGCCUUCAAGCUGCGGGGAUCAUGCAAAUAGUUACAUUAAAGUACAAGCCGCUGGAUACGCAAGCUAGCGUCGGCCUGCAGAAGUGCAUCAGCGCCCUAGUGGGCAUGGAGGCCACAUGGGCAAGUGGCCUACGCGUGCGACAUCUUAUCCAGGGCGCGAAGGUAAACGUCGACCGAGCGUACGAGUCAUCCGCCCGCGCGUCUGAUGCGCGCCAGAAACGUCCCGCGCAGGCUGCGUUCGAGCUCGAUUCGGCAUACGCCUCACGGUUUCCCUCUACGUCGCAUACCCCGGUACCCUCCGUACCCUCCUACGCCCCACCGCCGAUGCCGCCUCCCCAGCACUCCAUCCCUCCACGCUUCGUACCAAGCCAACCCGCGCAUUCCGAGCAUCCUCAGUACGCAUACCCGGGGUAUCGCACCCAUCCUCAAGGCAGCCCACCCCGGGACGUAGCGACACCUGCCGCGAUGCCCCUCCCAGCGUACAUGCCGGGGUACGACUCCUGGUGGCCUGUGGUCGACAACGAGACGGACGUUAGCGCUGGCGUCGGCCAGUGCCCCGAAGUGGCCCAGAUGCACGGCGGUGGGGCUGGGACUUCCGACGGGGUCGUGCAUGGGGGCGUCGCGAUGCCGCAAGGUGACUUCACGUUUGACCAGCAGCACUUUUCGCCGGAGUUUCUGCAGGCGAUGCGCGACCCGAUGCUGCAUUUCCCGUCGGCGUUCUCGCACAUAUACUAGUGGGGGAUUGCAGGGGAGGACGUAUGGGCAGAGUAUGACCGUGGCUGCUUGGCGUCUGUGAGUUGGAAUAUCCAGGGGCGGUUGUUUAUGGUUUCUCUGUUUCCUUGUCUCAGGUGUAUUUUGCUUGUGUUAUGUUUCCGUUCGAGAUGCAGCUCGCUACGUGGCUCGAGCUUGUUCUUGUACUGUUGUGUUACCAUCUUUCAGUAGCUACAUACAAGGCUAGAUUUACAAUGUAGAG